GAAAAGUCGAAUGCUCGAGUGUUAUGUAGUUCAUGUCCUCAAGCGUUUCGUUGCAGUUGUAGCUAUGGCGUGUUUAAGCCCGAGUAGGCUCUGUGCUCGUGUUCAAGAUAAGUUACUGUGUCAAUUCGGACAUAAAGUUCGCAGACAAACUGUAUUUGUGAAACUGAAACCUCCUGGACCAACUCCCUUGCGGAUAUUUGGAAAGACAUGUCAGCGUGUGACCACAUGUGGCCCAGCGUGCGGCUCAGCGGGCGCGAGCGCGCCCAGCGUGGCUGGCGUGGCCCGCCGCCUCGCCUCCAGCCUUCAGAGCACAUCCACGGGUUCCCUUCCCGACUACGGCACACAGAUCGUCGACCCCUACCGCUUGCUGGAGGACGACCUUAACGGCAUAUACGAGGACAUACGAUCGGAAUUGGAACGGAACACCAACCAGAGCGAACUGAACACCAUAGCUACAUACUACUUCGACGGACAGGGCAAGGCGCUAAGGCCGAUGGUCGCGAUACUCAUGGCGCGCGCCGUCAACUACCACGUAUAUGGUGAAAACAGUGCACUGCUGGCAUCACAGCGACAGGUUGCGAUGAUCAGCGAAAUGAUCCACUCAGCGUCGCUGAUCCACGAUGACGUCAUCGACCAGAGCGACUUCCGGCGCGGCAAGCCCUCAGUCAACGUACUAUGGAAUCACAAGAAGGUCGCGAUGGCCGGCGACUUCAUCCUCGCUGUGGCGUCGAUGAUGAUAGCUCGCCUGCGCAGCGAUGACGUCACACUCGUGCUAAGCCAGGUGGUGACAGACCUGGUGCAGGGCGAGUUCAUGCAACUGGGCAGCAAGGAGACCGAGAACGAGCGGUUCGCGCAUUACCUCACCAAGACCUACAGGAAAACGGCCUCGCUCAUCGCCAACUCCGUCAAAGCGGUGGCCCUGCUAAGUGGCGCCGACGAAAGCACGUGCGAGCUCGCCUUCCAGUACGGCCGCAACAUCGGGCUGUCUUUCCAGCUGGUGGACGAUAUGCUGGACUUCGUGUCCUCGGCACAAGCCAUGGGCAAACCCACAGCUGCAGACCUCAAACUUGGUUUGGCUACUGCGCCUGUACUCUUCGCUUGCGAAAAGUACCCGGAACUGAACCCCAUGAUAAUGCGGCGCUUCGGCGAGCCGGGCGACGUGGAGAAAGCCUUCGAGCUGGUCCACAAAUCUCGUGGACUCGAACAGACGCGCUUCCUCGCGCGCAAGCACGGGCUCGAGGCCGCGCGCCUCGCGCAGGAGCUCGCCGACUCCGUGUACCAGAAGGGGCUCGUGCUCACCACCGACCUGGUGCUCAACCGGAUCAAAUAACGCCCCGCCGAGCGGGACAGGUUUUCAUAGUAGUCUUUGGACCGCGAGGGACCUAAGAGUACUUUAAAAACGGCGAGCGCCCGAGCGAUCGUGCCCGGCUUUCGUUUUCCGAGCGGUCUCCGGCCGUCCCCUGAGAGCGCUCCGGAAAUAGCGCCGACUCGGGGCUCCCGCGGUGAGUGAUGUGCGCCGACAUACGGCUAGAUAUUAUCGAAGAUAUUUUAACGUCGACUCGACGCGUCGCGCCCCGGUAAAUUAUUCAAUAUAGCGAAUUAUAUUCAGUAUACAUUACCUAUACAUUAUAGUAUUUAGAUCGUUAUACUGGAAACGUCGAUCGGCCCGAUCGACGGCGGAACUUCUUUUUAUAUUAUUUUUGUAUGUAUAUAUAAUACGUAUACCCUUCUGUAUGUAAGAGUACCUAUGUAUCUCUCACUUGUGUGACCUGAUUUAUUUUAAGAUAGUUUUCUAUGAAAAUAUUUAACACCGUAAACUAUCUGCGACAAUAUGACUGACGUUUGGGAAGUGUGUGUGACUUGUUACCAAAUACGGUUGUACAUAAAGUACGAUAGUGAAUGCUCAAUGUUUAUUUGAAUACGUCGCUUCACGAAAACACACUGUUUUUAUUGGCGCGAUAUUGUACAGUACGUUAUGUUUGUUGUAGAACACUUGACUGUUUCAUUCCCUAGUUCUUGUUACUUGUGCAAUUCUCUUCCCCGGUAGUGGGUGGAAGCACCGAACGUUCAGGACUCGUUCGUCUGUCGCGAAUGCCGUCCGACCUUUCGCUAUUAUAUAUUAUGCUGUGUAAAUACUGAGAGUCAUUGGAUAAGUUACCCGUUUUAUCUUCAAAACCAAUUACCUCAAUUUCUUAGUGUGCAUACUAGAAUACGUGUACACUGUAUGUUCGAUUUAGUAUUAAAUUGUAAGCUUCAUCCGGCCGCACGGUAACAUGUAGGCAAUUUCGUCUCGUUCAAACGCUAUUCGCUGCUUAGAUUAAAUAUUUUGUAAAUAAUGCAACUGGAUAUCCCUCAGUGCUUGCGGGUUUCUUAUUGAGGUAUUAAAGAACCCGUGAACACGGGAGCGCAGUAUUUUAUAAAUCUUCAUUAGGUUCUUUUUAGUUAACAAAAUAUUAGUCACUUAAAGAAGUAACGGUAGUGUAAGGCCGACAUGAUGACUUAAAUAAGUAAAGCGCGAGGACGCAUGCUGUCCUUUGCGCCCAUAAGUAUAGGACUAUGAGAUAGACAGAGGCAGAUAUGUUACUGACAUGAACAAUUAUGGUCCGGAUAUUGUAAUAUUUUUAAUAUAAGAGAAAGAUUUCGAAACUAUUUGUCGAUAAUGGAAUUAUAAUUUACGACCUAAUUUUAUCGAAAGUAUAAUCGGACUUAAUAGUUUUCGAAAUUCUCUUUUAUUAAAAUAAUAUAAUUUUGUAAGCAGAUACUUCUGCUCAAUAUAAAAUAUUACAUAUUGUAAUCAUUAGCGAUAUUAAAAUUAUAUUUUGCAAUGUUAUUUGUUAAUCUAAAAUUAUUAGUGAAAUAAUUUUAGUCAUUAUGUCAGCGGAUGCAGUAGAUAUGGAGUUGUAUGUUUUUGUACAUUAUGCGUUAAACAUGGGAGUCAAUGAACUUUAUUUAUAAUAUUGUAGAUGUGUACGUAGUUAAAACCGUUUGUAAAUAUGAAUACUCUGUAAAAUGAAAAUCAUGAAUAAUUUUUAUUAUAAACAUUAGUUACAGAAUAA